AUGAAAAAGAGCUUGCCUGUUAAAGAUUAAACUGAGCUAUCAUCAACUGGGAAACUAAGGCAGCUUGAUAUAAGAAAUAUUUCAAAAACAAAGUUGAAGAUAUCUAAGUUGAAAAAGAAAAUUACUCAGCCUAUGCAAAUGAAUUCUAUUUAUUAAGACAAGAGUGCCAAUUCAAAAUAUUAGUACGAUAAUGAAAAAGAAAGUCAUUAUGAAGAGGACUAAUUAAAUCACAGGCACUAGGUUGAUGAAGAAAAAGAAGAAGAAAUUGUCUAUAAAACAGGAAGAAAGAGUCCGUUGCCUCCUACUGGUGGAAGUAUGGAAAGGAUUCGAGAUUCAGAGUAUAGCAGAGGCAGUAAAACUUCUUAAUAGGACAAAAGGAUAGCGGAAUAGCCUAUUAAAAGUAGCUCAAUUUAAGAAAAAAGCUUAAAGAAAAAAAAGAAAUCUAAGAAGAAGGAAUUCGAUGAAUAAAUAGUCGGUGAUGAGAAUGUACCAAAUACCUUGUCAAAUAUGGCUUAGAUGUAAGACAUAUUUUUGAAAAAGCUGAAAAAGCUGAAAGUAAAGAACAAAGAAUUAUAAGAAGCUCAAUUAAAUAAUUAAUCUCCACCCAAGACAACAAAUCAUUCCAGAAUGGAUUUAGACACCAGAAAUGAACCUCAAUAAAUAGGCUAGAGGAAUAACAAUAGAUCAUUCGGCCCUAAAAAUUAGAAUCAAUAAUAAAACUUUCAUCCCUUAAAUUCUUUGAACCAAAUUCAUGCCGUUGAUCAAAUAGCUGCUUUAACCAACUAGAUUAUGAUGCUUUAAGAUAAAGUAAUUUAUUUAUAGGAAUCAACUGAUAAUUUUAAAAAAUCAAACUUUAUGGUCACAAAUUAGACCGACUCUCCUUUAGCAGGUGGUCUAAUUCAAAGAAACUAAUAUUAUACACCUCAAAAUAUAAACGACAGGCUUUUGCAGAAAGAAUAUUUAAGAUCACUUCAGCUUCAAGGGGGCGAUUUAUUCGCUGAGAGAAUGUCAAAGAUAAAUUUCAGAGAGUAUGCGAACAAUACAAGACUGAACAUUAAUAACAUAUCUUAUGCAAACUAAAAAGACAAGAGAGAUAGAGCAAUGAAGUACUGGAAAUCAAGAGUGAUAUCUAAUUUUCUACCUCCAAUUGACUUCAAGAAAAGAGAAGAGAUCAAUGAAAGAGUCUUAAAGCUUAAAAAUUAGAUAGCACCAAGGCCUAGUAAUAUGAGAAAUUUAGAUCGAAUAGCAAGUAAUAUGGUGUCAUCUCAAAAUGUUGGAGAAUUCAAAUUAAGUAAAGAUGAAAACUCACCGACUGAUCAUUUGAAUAACUCUAGUAGAGGCAGAUCAUAAACAAAGUAGAGUCAUCUAAAUAAUUUGGCUUCGUAAUCUUAGUCGAGCAAUAAAUUCAAAUUUCUGAAUCUAAACUAGCUUGACCAUGUAGUAGUUGAUAAAUAAUUCAAAUCAAAUUUGGAAUUAUGA